AUUUGAGAAGCGGAAAAAUAGAAGUCAAAGUUCAUAUCGACUAGUCAAUACGGAAGAGGAGUUUGAGAGAAAGGAUCUUUUUGGAGGUACUUUAAAUACCAUAUCCCGUUACAGCAAAUGGGUCUUGCAGCACCUCGCAAAAAAAUCAAAAUCUCCCAUGAUCCUAAUAAUACAAAUUGGUCACGGUCAACAAGUGGUUUCGGACACAAAAUACUAAGCUCUCAGGGAUGGACUCCCGGGAGUUUCCUGGGUGCACGCAAUGCUGCACAUGCUGAAAUGUUUACCGCAGCGAGUGCAACUCACAUCAAAGUUGUUCUGAAAGAUGAUACACUUGGUCUCGGAGCGCGACCCAAGCGAGAUCCCCUAGAUGAGCCCACUGGGCUUGAUGCAUUCAAAGGCUUGCUAGGAAGAUUGAACGGCAAGUCAGAUGCAGAUCUACAAAUCGAGCAGCAAAAGCGCGACAAUGCGAAAUUGGCACGAUAUGCUGCUUCUAAAUGGCAAACAGUCACAUUCAUAAGUGGCGGUUUAUUGGCUCAAGAAAAGAUUGAGGCACUUGCUACCGAGGACUUGCAGAGCAACCCGAAAGAUGAACAGGAGAUCAAAACCUCUGUUUCGGUAUUCGGAGAUGGGAAAGGGCAAAUGAGUACUGAUGGUAGCCCUACAGAUGGAAGUCAGGAUUAUGAUAAAGAGCGAGAUCAACCCGAUGGGAACAUCAAAAGAAAAAAGUCUAAGUCUAAGUCUAAGGACCGUCAGGAGAAGAAAGACAAGAAGAGAAAACAAGUUGAAGUGCCUGAGCCUGUGCGUUCCGAAGAUAAGAACACGAGGUCUUCCGAACGAGCAGAUACGCCGUCCACCAAUGGCCAUAAAGAGCCUUUACCGGCUGCUAAAGUUUUGUCGAAAGAGCGCCGUCCUAUGGGAAGACAUGUCUUCAGAGGCCGACAUAUUGCACAAAAAAAGAAGGCUCUUUUGGAUGAGAAGUCUCUUAAUGAGAUAUUUAUGGUCAAAUCAUAGCGCGGGAUACCUCCCUUAGAAGCGAUCCUAAUCAUAUAGACUUCACCAUACUCCUUUCUCGGCUUUUUUCUGAUAUUAAGCUGCGCUAGACCUUGAUACCAGGAAGGCUUGCAUGUAGCGUCUAGAACGGCAGCAUGGGGGGAAUGUUGGGGUUGGGGAGGAUCCUUUUGAGUCCCCGGCUGCUACUCCGUAUAUGCCUUAGACUUAUUCGUUUCGUUACUGUAGAAUUGUACUGGGUUUGCCAUUGCAGGUACAUUUGCUAAGAAAGGCAAAAUAACCCUAGCCUCUGACUUUUUGAUUGGGAGGAAGGUCGUUGCUAUGUGUCACUUUAUCCCUUCAUCAUUAGGGCUACUUCUAUUAUCUCCUUGAUACUGUGACGGGACGGUCUCGUUGUGGCAAAUACAUCGGAGUAGCUAAUCUAACCAAUUAAGGAAGGCAAAUGUCAGCUGGCGGUCCUGUUACUAGUUAGUAGCCAGUUGUCCCA